GAUUAUAGGAAAUGAAAUACCAAUAAUGGUACUUUUGAAAGGCAAUAACCCCGCUAGUAAAACGGUGGGUGAUAGGAGAUCACAUACGUGAUAUGGGAAUUAUAUAUACACCACUCGUAUCGUUCAAAAUCCAAAUUAUUUUUAACGAUCGAGUAGAAGUGACAUGAAAUGGGUCCUUUACUGAUAAGUUGUGGAGGCACAACUUGCUGAAAUAAGCCUUUGACCUAACCCUCGUUAGUUGUCAUUGAUACUCAGUCUUCGAAAGUAAUUCGGUUUUUGAACUUCGCGGGUUGCGAAAUAAUGUCCAGGCGCAAUGCCAUAGGUAUAUAUAAUAAUAAUAUUCAAACAGCAAACAUAUAGUCGGUGGUAGAAACAGCUGAUUCAAAUCGUAGUCGACUGUGUAGCUCAUGGAUACUUAUAUAGUAUCCAUGGCGUAGCCCGUGGAAAUUUGUGUAGCCUGUCCUUCGUCCCUCCCUCUAUAGGAAAGCGGCAGAGGAGAAAGUUAUACGGAAACCUGUCUUGAGGAGAGAGCACAUGUUGGAGCGGCGACCUCGUUGUUGCCGGAGCAAGCCACCUCUCGGUAGUUCCGAGUUGAGUAGAUAGUGGUGAGAGCCGCCGCGGCGGUGCUUCCAAUUCGCAACUUGCCGGUCGCCGGCAUUCGUCACCGCGUCAGCGAUCGGAGAAUUGGAGUGCCUGUUACUUUGCCACUCGCUAGUCGGUUCAGCUCCUUGAGCCGCUGCUCGGUUUCGCAGCUCGCUGGUCGUAGAUACGGCCAACCCAACCUGCAUACCAGCUUGGUGCGCUGCGCCAUCCUCAGUCUCCGAGUACAGCACUGCGCCCACUUUUUGCUCUGGGCUUGAGCUCGCUGUUCCGUCGCACGCACUCCGCUUUGCCGAGGAGUAGACUCCGGGUCGAGUAGUUGGAGUUCCGAUUGGGAACAGUUGAAGAUUUGGAGAUAAUACCUGCAGCUAGUUGGAAGUGCGCGCAAAAAUGGCUGACCGUGAUAGCGCAUCCGAGAGCGACUCGAGCUCAAUCGACGGGGGCCCGAUUAUGAUGCCACCAUCGCCGGUGACCCGCGAACAAUUGCAGAAGAGGAUCGAGUCUCUACAACAGCAUAACCGCGUGCUCAAGGUCGAGCUCGAAACUUACAAGCUGCGCGUGAAAGCUCUACAGGAGGAGAAUCGCAAUCUCCGACAAGCCUCCGUUAUUAUCCAAGCAAAAGCAGAACAAGAAGAAGAAUUUAUCAGUAACACAUUGCUCAAAAAAAUUCAAGCACUAAAAAAAGAAAAAGAAACUCUAGCCCACCAUUAUGAACAAGAGGAAGAGUGUUUGACAAAUGAUCUGUCGAGAAAGUUGAAUCAAUUAAGACAAGAAAAAUGUCGGUUGGAACAAACUUUGGAGCAAGAACAAGAAUGUCUUGUUAACAAAUUAAUGAGAAAAAUUGAGAAAUUGGAGGCUGAAACAUUAGCUAAACAAAGUAAUUUAGAGCAGCUACGAAGAGAGAAGGUAGAAUUAGAAAAUACCCUUGAACAAGAACAAGAAGCUUUAGUGAAUAAACUGUGGAAAAGAAUGGAUAAGUUAGAGGCAGAAAAAAGAUCUCUUCAAAUUAAAUUAGAUCAACCAGUAUCAGAUCCUACCUCACCAAGAGACAUGAAUAAUGGAGAUACAGCUGCUAACCUUAGUACACACAUACAAAAUUUGAGAAGUGAAGUUGCACGCUUGAGGCAUACACUGCUGAUAUCUCAGCAAGAGCAUACUGAGAAGAUGCAACGAUAUGUCAACGAGGAAAAAAACAUUCGAGAAGAAAAUCUCAGGCUUCAAAGAAAGUUACAACUGGAAGUUGAACGCCGUGAAGCUUUAUGUAGACAUUUGUCAGAGUCAGAAUCUAGUUUGGAAAUGGAGGAAGAACGCCAUUAUAAUGAAACUGUGAUGUCUGGUGUAGGUAUUAGAGGACGAACUGUUUCAAGUCCAGUGCCGUACAAUCCUUCACCAAGUUGUUCUAGACCACUCAGUCCUGGAAACAUUUUAGUUGGUUCAGCAUCUCGAGAAAAUCUAAAUACCAAUCGCUGUUAUGCAUGUGGACAAACAAUUACUAACUUGCCUUUUUCCAGCUCAUCUCCUCCUUCAGGAGGUCAUGUGUUAGCACCAACUAGUAGACGUGCAUCGGACAGAUUUAUCAAGCCAGCGAUCCCGCCUACUAUUGUGAGCCCCGGUGGUGCACCAUUAGUCAACCCUCAGGUUAAUCCUUCGGGAGCAUGUCCUAUGGACAUUGCAAAAACAUAAAUUUAUCGCAAGUAAUUAUUCUACCAAGAUAUUCAUAUUUUAUGUAUAAACUGCGUCACACGGUACUUGCUUAUUUUUUAAUAUACUAAAUAAAUCAAAAUGCAAUUUAACUGUUUUUAAAUAAUUAUUUUCUUUAUAUUUUUCGCAUUUUUAUAAGAGAAAUCGAUAGUUGCUCUUGACAUUAAAUUUAUUUACACAUAUACACGCACAUCCGAACCAUUUGACACAGCACAACAUUUUCUGAGACAUUUACUUUAAUUCCUAUUGGAUCAGUGUAAAUUAGUUCACCGUUAUAUAAACAAUAAUUUUUCGAUGUUAAUAUAGUUGUAACUGUCCACUAUUAACAGUAAUUUUUGUAAGAAAGAAUCGCUAAAAUCUUAUUAAAUCACUAUGUUGAAAUAUGAAAAUAAAGCAAGUACCUACAUAUACUGAAUAUUUUUGGCAAAGCUUUAUGACAUCUUACAUGGCAAUUCGGCAAAAAUGAUAUGAUAUGAUCUUGGAGGAUGCCAUUUACACUCAACAUUUAACUAUAAUUGAAUUAAAUUCUAGUUAAUGAAAUACUUGAUUUUACAAUUAGCACGUAAUUAUAAUUUUUUUAAGGUAAUAAAUAUUUUUAGGAGACUCAUAGUUUCGUCUUGAUAAUUCAGAUGUUAUGCUUGCUUUUAUGAAUAAUAAUCCAUUUUUGAAUUGAAAUAAUUUAAAUGGUAUCGAACAUAUUUGCAACUUUUAAGUUAAUGGAAGACCGAGAUAAAUGAGUUUUUCAAUUAAUUUUUAUACAUCCUGGUGCACAGCUCUGAAACUAUUAUAGCUAACCAGUGAUGAUUAGUAUUAGUAAAAGAGAUUGUAGUGACAUUCUUUUGUUUCAAUGUAUUCACAUCUGCAUAUAACCGGGAGAGAUCAUGAAUGAAUCUUUUAAGAAAUACAUUACUAUAUAAAAAAUCGUACUAACUAAUUAUAAAAUGCAAUCAAUAAGAUUAUGAAAUGAUUGUCACUAGAUUCAUUAUUCAAAAUAAACUUGUUGCAAGCUAUUUUUUGUAUGAAUGGGAAAAGCUCCUCUAAUAGGACGGUUCACGACGUAAUUAUUAUGUGUUGGGUGAUGGUACGUUUAUUGAUUAAUUCGCUAAAUUCUUUUUUUCUUUGUAAUUAAUUUCAUUGAAAAAUGUAUGUAUUUUUAUGAGAUUUUUUUUCUAGUACGUCAAUUGUGAAGAACGUAAGACCUGAUUGUACCGAUUUGAAGAGUCAUUUGUGAAACUGCAUGAGAGCGGUUGUUCAAAAAUCAAAAACAAUUGAUUAAGUAUUAAAAAUGGAAAGCAUCCUGUCACGUGGUAUUAUAUUAUACUUGUGAGAGUUUUUCUUAAAUAAUGUCAUUUCAAUUGUUUUGAAAUACUACUACGAUAAUAAAAAGCUUGAUGAAAAUGUAAAUCAAUAUAUUUUGAAAAGUAACUUGAAAAAAUACUCGUUAACUUCUUAAAAAUGAAAUCGGCAUUUUUGCUACGAGCUUCAUUUUUGAGCCGGUUAUUAGAAGCGUAAGUUGACUUAAUUAGACUUAUGCAUCAGUUUACAUUCUGGAUAAGCACCUUAUACCGUUGAGUGAAUAACAUGAAAAGCCAACCAGAUUAGAAAGUAAAAAAAAAAUUGGAUUCCUUCAGUUGUAUUUGCUCGGACGAAGAAGUAAAAAUUUUCAAUAAGUUUCAAUGUUACUGUCAAAUUUGAUAGCGUGAUACUGAAAUAACAGGAUGAUUUGUCAUUGCAUGAGCGCAUUGCUUGAAUAUUAUAUUUUUAGGUGAAACUCGAGACAUAAGACAGUUGUAGGCGAAUUUUAUGUUCAUUUCAUCAUACAACAUGACGUUAUUAUUAAUCGAAAAUAUACGCAAAUGUUUUCAUUCACAUAUUAUGUAUUUUAAUGAUGCUUUAUGAAAUACACCACCUGUUUUGCUAUUAAUCGAUUGUUUUCA